AUGGGCGGAGGAUCGGACUCCCGGCUGGUGCCGACCAUGUCUUCGUCUUAUCCUCAAUUGGCACCCAAGCCCGUCGGUCAGAAGAUCAAAGGCAUCUACACAGACCGCCUAGGCCAAUUCACUAGCAGCGGUGGCCAGUACUACAAUCAAAGCCUCACAGCAAAAUUCUACAACGAUUCUGUCGACGACAGCAAGCACGUCGGCCUCGCUGUUUGGUCCGCACCCGGCCUGACUCGUCCCACCUUCAAGGAUGCCACCUCUCACAAAUUCAAGCCUACGAAGAGAGGCGAAUCCUUCGGGCCAUCAUGGUCUACACAUUGGUUCGAGGUCACGUUGACUGUGCCAGCUUCCAUGAAAGAUGCUGAGCAAGUCGAGUUCCGAUGGGACUCACAGAGCGAAGCCAUGAUCUGGAACGAGAAGGGCCAUCCGUUACAAGGCUUGACAGGUGGCGGAGAGCGGAACGACUGGGUCAUACCGAAAGAAUUCAGAGACGGCAAAGAGCAUAUUAUCUACAUCGAAGUUGCUUGCAACAAGAUCUUUGGCAACGGUAGCAAUGGGGACAGCAUUCAGCCUCCAGACCCGAACGUGUACUUCCAACUUCAAGAGGCACGGAUCGUCGAUGUCAACCUCGCCGCCCGAGGUCUGAGAUAUGAUUUCUGGAUCAUCAGCGACGCUGCACGCGAGAUGUCUGACCAGAGUUGGGAGAAGCACAAGGCUCUCGACGUUUGUAACCGCAUCAUCGAUGCAUUCAUCGCCGGAAAUGGCUCCAACGAGUCCAUUCUUCAAGGUCGCAAGAUCGCCCAGGAGUACCUGGGUAAGAACGUGGACUCUUCCAAGGUCUACGACUCUGACCUGGAGAGCAUCGUCUAUGCUGUUGGACAUUGUCACAUCGAUACUUGCUGGCUGUGGCCAUGGGACGAGACCAAGCGCAAGGUAGCUCGCAGUUGGUCAAAUCAGUGUGACCUGAUGGACCGCUACCCGGAACAUCGCUUUGCUGUCAGUCAAGCGCAACAGUACAAAUGGCUCAAGCAGUACUAUCCUUCUGUGUUCGAUCGGGUCAAAGGCAAGGUGAAGAAAGGUAGCUUCCAACCCAUCGGAGGCAGUUGGGUCGAGCACGAUACAAACAUGCCCAGUGGCGAGUCACUAGUCCGGCAGUUCCUCUAUGGCCAACGCUUCUUUGAGAGCAACUUUGGUGAGAGAUGUCGAACUUUUUGGCUGCCAGACACUUUCGGCUACUCGGCGCAACUGCCACAGAUCUGUCGAUUAGCUGAUAUGCAGAGAUUCUUCACACAGAAGCUCAGCUGGAACAACAUCAACAACUUCCCUCAUACUACAUUCAAUUGGGUCAGUCUCGACAAGAGUCAAGUCAUCUGUCACAUGGCACCCAGUGAGACUUAUACAGCCGAUGCCUGGUACGGAGAUGUUGCUCGCAGUGUCAGCCAGCACAAGAGCAUGGACCAGGACAAUACGUCGCUCCUCGUCUUUGGCAAAGGCGACGGUGGAGGCGGCCCGACCUGGGAGAUGUUGGAGAGACUUCGUCGUUGUCGAGGCCUGAGCGACACAACGGGGUCUCUGCCUCGAGUCAAGAUGGGCAACUCUGUGGAAGAUUUCUUUAAUCAGCUCGAGCACAAGAUUUCCAAGGGUCUGGAGCUCGUGACGUGGUAUGGCGAGCUCUAUUUCGAACUGCACCGAGGCACGUACACCACUCAAGCCAACAACAAGAAGAACAACCGCAAGCAAGAGAUCAUGAUGCGCGACAUCGAAUAUUUGGCCACACUUGCGACGUUACAAAACAAGAGCUACAAGUACCCCAAGAAGGACAUCGACGAUUUGUGGGAGAACAUACUCCUCUGCCAGUUCCACGAUUGUUUGCCUGGAAGUUCGAUCGAGAUGUGCUACGAUGAUUCGGACAAGCUGUAUGCCCACAACCAUAGUGUUGGCCGCAAGCUGAUACAGGAGGCGCUCUCUGUGCUGCAAUUGUCCGAGAAUCUCAAGCCAAAGGCUGAGAUCGCUGCCGUCAACACUCUGGCUGGAGCCGGACAGAGCUGGUCAAGUCAUUACGCCCUCGUUCACGGUGGACCAGGACUGGCAAAGACACACGCGGCCUCGAUAUUGAAGUCCGAGGCUACGGUCGAGCAGAAGAGCAAGGGCGUGUUCGUCCUCUCAAACAGACACUUCCGUGUCGAAGUUGAGAAAGGUUGUAUCACAUCUCUGUUCGAUGUGCGUGCGGAUCGAGAGGUGAUUGCCACAGGUGGCAAAGGCAAUCAGCUGGUCAUCUUCGACGACAAGCCCCUGUACUGGCAAGCCUGGGACGUUGAAGUGUUCCAUCUUGACUCACGCAAGGAGCUUACCUCUGACGCAUCCGAGAUCUUCCAAGCGGGCCCGUACCGCGCCAGUGUUGUUACAAAGACACAAGUCAGCGAUAAGAGCUGGGUCAAAACUAUCAUCAGCCUCGACGCAACCGAUAGCGAUGAUGUGCCCAGCUACGUCCGCGUGGAGGCUGAGGUGGAGUGGCAUGAGACGAUGAAAUUCUUGAAGGUUGAAUUCCCUGUCGAUGUGGUUAACACAGAAGCGAGUUACGAGUGUCAGUACGGAAUCGUCCGGCGACCGACGCACUACAACACAAGCUGGGACAUGGCCAAGUUCGAGGUGUGCUGCCACAAGUUCGCCGACCUGUCGGAGUCCAAUUACGGCGUUUCCAUCUUGAACGACUCCAAGUAUGGUUUCGCGACAUGCGGAAACCUGAUGCGCCUUUCACUGCUACGUGCGCCCAAGGCACCUGACGCACACGCUGACAUGGGGUCUCACCACAUUGAGUGGGCGAUUAUGCCUCAUAUUGGCAACCUCGGACCUGAGACGAUUCGUGCCGCCCACAACUUCAACAACCCGAUGAAACUCGUCUCUAUUACGAGUGACGCCUACGCAAGCUUCGACGCGGACAUCUUCAGAGCAGUGUCCCUGUCGGGCAGCAAAUCUCUUGUCCUUGACGCGGUCAAGCGUGGUGAGGACGACGAGGACGUGUCUCGUGGCGAGCUGACCAAACGCGACGGCCGCAGUGUCAUCUUGCGCAUUUACGAAAGUCUUGGCGGUAAGAGUAGGGGCAUAAUCCGCACAACUUUGCCAGUGAAGAAGGUGUUCAAGACCAAUGUGCUCGAGGAUGACUUGGAGAAGGUCAAGUUCGACACAAAGAACUAUACGACGAUCGAGAUCGAGUUGAGACCGUUUGAGGUUGCGACUUAUAGGUUGCAGCUGUGA